AUGGGCGGCGGCGACGGCGGCGGCGGCGAAACCAUCGCCGACCACAUCCUCAAGUCCUUCCAGCUGCCAGACGUGGUCCCUUCCCCAACCAGCUCCAAGCCGCUCAUCAAUCUCCUGCGAGGGCACCUGCCGUUACGACCGGUCGCUAACCGCACCAGGUGGCCGAACCUGUCUCUGCUCCCGACACAAUUACUCGAUAGAGCGACCCACCGCGUGCUCCAGCAUAGGCCAACUGCUUACCCGGCCCUAUGCUAUGGCCCGGACGAGGGCGAUCCGCGACUGCGCAACAACAUUGCACACUGGUUAACCGCCUUCUACGCCCCUGCCGAGCCCGUCUCGCAAAACCGCAUCUGCAUUACUGGCGGCGCUUCCCAGAACCUGGCCUGCUUGCUCCAGGACUUUACAGACCCUCUGUAUACGAGAAACGUCUGGAUAGUCGCCCCCGCCUACAUGCUAGCUUUCCGCAUCUUUGAAGAUGCCGGGUUCCACACCAAGCUUCGCGCCGUUCCUGAGGACCCAGAGGGCAUUGACAUGGACUACCUAGCAACCCAAAUUAGGAAAAGCGAAGACAAGGCGGCGUCUGAAGGCAAUAGUGAGCCGCUUCUCAAGCCUCGGCGGCCAUUCAAUAAGAUUUACAAACACAUCAUCUAUGCCGUGCCAGCCUUCUCAAACCCCAGCUCCAAGACGAUGAGUCUGCGCAGAAGAGAACAACUUGUGCGUCUGGCCAGACAAUAUGAUGCUCUUAUCAUUACAGACGACGUAUAUGACUUUCUCCAAUGGCCCUCCAGUCUCACUCCCAGCACACUUUCGAUUGAGAAAGCUAGUCUGCCCCGGAUAGUAGAUGUGGACAGAUAUCUCGACGGCGGCGCCGAAAGACAGGGUGCAGAUGGCUUCGGUAAUGCCGUUUCCAACGCCUCUUUCUCCAAGAUUUUUGGCCCCGGACUGCGCACAGGAUGGUGCGAAGGGACCCCAAAGCUGGCGUACGCCGUUUCACAGACAGGAUCGAGCCGCUCCGGUGGAUCACCCAGCCAGCUGACAGCCUGCUUCGUGGCUGAGACAUUGGAGACUGGAGAACUCCAGCGCUACGUGUACAACACGCUCCAGCCUGCAUAUGGCAGUCGGUAUAGGCAUAUGGUUGAAGCUAUCCAUAAACACCUCACUCCGUUGGGCGUUCGCAUCCCCCAGACCGACCGCGAAGUCGUCGGCGGAUACUUCAUCUGGCUUACGCUGCCUCUACCACUCAAAGGCGCUGAUGUAGCACAACGUGCAAAGCAAGAUAGCAACUUGGCGGUUGCACAGGUCCCCGGCGACACCGAACAUGCGGGGACAUGUUUUGGCAACGACAUUAGAGUUUGCUUCGCGUGGGAAGAUGAAGACAUGCUCGUCGAAGGCAUCGAGCGACUUGCCAGCGUGAUUAGCCGCAUGCUCCAGAAAGACGCUAACGGCGGGCAGAAGCUCACACGGCCUGUCACCUGUGAAGACGACGCAAAGGCCUUGUGGUGA